UGUUUUUUUUUAGAGAGUACAUUCGAGAAAGACGUGUUUGUAUGCGAAUGACUUACUCGGUGGAAGGAAUCUGUGCCAUGAACACAGGGAACAUUAUACAUCAUCGCCCUGAUCAAAAUUCAUUUAAAAACCGGACUUCGAGUUGUAAAAACAAAUCAAAUCGCAUAGGCAUCUAUCUAUGACUGGAAGCAUCAACAGACAGGCUUUCACUUUGGAAGACGAAAAAAAGCUAAUCGCCAUUUUGAGAACGAAAACUGUUUUUAUCAAGUGACUCUUAUUUUUCUUUUCUCUCCUAUUUUGUUAUUAUUUCAGUAAUUACCUUUACUUUUUUUAGGUCUUAUAGUUAUAUUUUUUCUUAUUUUCAGAAAUCAACUUCUAAAUUUUAUUAAUUUGGUUUUAUUUUUUUUUUGUUAAGAAUAACAUUGCUUUCAUUAAUCUUGAAUAUUUUUUUAAUUUUGUAAUUAUUUCUCAAGUAGAUUAAUAAUAUUAAGCUAUCAGAAAUAUAAUUCUUUAUUUUUUACGACCAAAAAAGAAAACAAAGCUAAGUUAUAAUUUUUUAUAUGUAAAGUAAAAAAUAGAAAUUUUUUUUAAAUAUUUAAAUUCUAUUUAACUGUAAAGAGGUGAAGAAAAAGAAGAAAAAAAGCUCGUUGAACUGGUUUUAUUGUCAAAACAACCAUAAGUGUGUAUUUUUAUCUGCUACCAUCAGACCAGAGUCGAGUGCUUGCAGUGGUGUACGUGUUUAGCAGCUAAACAACAACAACAAUAAUAACAGCAGUGGUAGUCGUGAGUGAAGCUAAGCUCGCCAGCAUCUGGAACAAAUCUAGUCUGGUCUGCUGUUUAUUAUUAUUAUUAUAUGCUUUACCUGUGUAUGUUUACACCAAACCUGCUGCCAGUCACUUUAACUUUCGCCAGGCGAUUAGCUCAACAACGAAAGUAAAGCAAUUUUUCUCACCUUCGAAUUUUAAUGAACACCAUUUUGAUUCUUGAUUCUUGCAAAUAGCAGCAGCAACAACAACAACAAUACUACUACUACUACUACAAAUAUUGAUAACCAAAGAAAACCUGCAGCGAAGAUUUUUGACUUAUGACUUUCCCCAAAAUGAAGAAAAUUGGAACGGGUGCUUCAGGACAAGUGCGGCUGCAACGCCAAUCCAUGGCAGGUACAACAAAGAGAGCCUAUCAACAUCAUCAACAUCACCAACAGCAGCAGCACUCUUUUAAUAAGAAUGGACCAGCCAUCUCUUCUGAGAACAGCUUUGCGUUAUCUACGCCAUCGAUGAAUCGGGUGGCGCAGCAGCAACAACAUCAACUGCAGCAACAGCAGCAGCACUUACAGCAGUUAAUUCAAAAGCUGCAGUCGAACAACAACAACAAUAAUUCGAACAAUAUGGCUGUGUUGCCACAAAUGUAUUAUUCGUCCUAUACACAGCAGCAGCAUCAUCAACACCAGCAACUGCAAACACCACACUUUAAUAACAACCAACAACGUCGGCACAACAGUAGCAGUAUUACUACUGCAACCACCACCAACACCACCACCUCUACUACUAAUAAUAAUAAUCAGCAGCUCCGCAGCUUACUCACACACGAAGGAGACAUUCCGUCCUUGGCCUCUACUACAACCACUAAUAAUAAUAAUAAUACCAGUCAAGUGUCAUCUAAAGCGGACACAGCUCCCUCUAGUGCUGUUCCAGGUAAUGCCUAUGCAGCGGCCAAAUUCAGUGACCCUCCUUCACCCAAAGUGCUUCCGAAACCGCCUGUUCAUUGGACUACAACGACAAAGACCACAGUUCCUUUCAAUAGUGACGACAUGGCAUUAUCGUUUCAAGCAGCGAUGGCAGCAGCAUCGAACAGCCACAUCCCCAUGGGUAACAACAACAACAGCAUCAGCAUCAAUAAUGUUGGUAGUAAUAUCAGUUGUGCUAGUGAUGCGAGACUGCCCUUCCCCGCUGCCCCUCCUUACUGUUCCAGUUCUGCUGAUAACAUCACCAGUCAUUUGAGGAUGAUGCUCAAGCUAACAGUUCAGGCGUAAGACAAACAGACACAGACAGAUAGACAGAUCGUGGCAUAUCUGGACUCAUGAAAUAUAAAAAAUUAAAAAAUUAACCAAAAAAAAUACGACAAAAAUAUAUACAGAACGAAUCAGGAAAUAAGAAAAAUAAUAUAAGAAUAAAAAAUGACGAACGAAGCGAAAUAAGUUAAAACUAUUUAAAAACAGAAAAUGAAAAUCGUCUGGGUGGGGGGUUUAUCAAAAUGUGAAUCAGGAGAACCACUUCCGAACAGUUCUUUAAAAAAAUCUGUGUUAUCUGAUCGGCGAACAUUCCAAAUAUUUUUAUAAUGAUUAUGGAUCAGUAUUAACGAAAUGUGCUUUUUUUCAGUGAAGGUGCAUUUUUUAUUACUGAUGAGAUAUAGAUAUAAAUUGUAUAUAUAUAUAUAUAUAAAAUAUAUAUAAGUGUGUAUAUGUACAUGCCACAAAAUCUGCCAUAUCAAACAAUUCACUAGACCUUUCAUACGUGUUUCCUCAACUCGUCCCAUCUUCACCCCUAUCUCCGUGUCCUCCUCCCCCUACUUCAACACUACGCAUGAAGGUGUCAAAAAGCAAAAAUAACCCACCUUUUUUUUGCGUAUCCCCUACCCCAAUGGUCUUAUACACCACCACCUAAUAACUGCCAAACGAACAGGUCGACAUUUUUUAAAAAUAUAUCUUUGAUUCUAUAUUUAUAUAUCUAUAUUGACAGAUCAUAGCUUAUCGCUUCCAUUCACACACACACAUGCUGAUAUGCAUAUAUAUCAUGUAUGAAUAUAUAUAAUGCAUUACAUAUACACAAAUAUAAUGCAUUUGUAUAUAUAUGAAUGUAUGUACAAUGCAUUAUAUAUAUGAAUGUAUGUACAAUGCAUUAUAUAUAUGAAUGUAUGUAUAAUGCAUUAUAUAUAUGAAUGUAUGUAUAAUGCAUUAUAUAAAUGUAUGUAUAAUGUAUUAUAUAUACAUAUGAAGUAUGUAUAAUGUAUAUAUAUAUAUGAAGUAUGUAUAAUGCAUUAUAUAUAUAUGAAUGUAUAUAAUGCAUUAUAUAUAUAUGAAUGUAUAUAAUGCAUUAUAUAUAUAUGAAUGUAUAUAAUGCAUUUAUAUAUAUAUGAAUGUAUAUAUAAUGCAUUUAUAUAUGCGAAUGUAUAUAUAAUGCAUUUAUAUAUGCGAAUGUAUAUAUAAUGCAUUUAUAUAUGCGAAUGUAUAUAUAGUGCAUUUAUAUAUGCGAAUGUAUAUAUAUAUAUAUAUAUAGUGCAUUUAUAUAUGCGAAUGUAUGUAUAUAUAUAUAUAUAUAGUGCAUUUAUAUGUGAAUGUAUAUAUAAUGCAUAUACAUAUGCGUAUAUAGAUAAUCCGUUAUAUACAUAUAUAUAUAUAUGCAUUUAUAUACAUAAACACAUACACGUAUAUUCUACAGAGUGAGUUUCUAAUUGCAACCGAAAUCGUUACUGAGAAGUCCAGUUGAGACUGCUUAAAUUUUUCAUUCGGAUUUUGAACUCAUCCUAUGUAAGAAAAAUGUUUGAACAGUCGAUGGAACUAUAUAAAUAAGCUAACAAAAGCUAUUAAAUUGGCCAGUUUAUUAUAUUUGAUAAUUAUAUAUACUAAAAUAUUGCAAGGAGGGCGAGAUGCAAUGUCUUUGGCCAGACAUUUGGCGAUUAUAUUGAAAUGCUAUUUAUAUAGUUUAACUUCCCUGAUAAACUGUCUCCAAAGACGUUUCUAGUGAGUUCUAAAUUCGUUAUUGAUUUGUGUAACUUUAAAAGAAAAAUUUAAGGAGUCUCUAGGUUGGAUUAACUUUUUUUUUUUUUUAAUUCAAAUACCACUAGAUCUUGUUAAGAUCUGAUAUCUGAGAUGAACUCAAACUCUAAGCAGCUUUUUUCUCCCUUCAGGAAUAUCUAAACAAACUGCUGAAAAGAAGAAAACUUUUCGAUUUAAAGAUCUGUGAGGAUAAUGAAUAUACUAAAUUUUGUAUAGAUCUCGAUGUGAUAAAUAGCAUGUUAUUUUUACCCCAUCCCUGAUAUUAUUCCCUUGUUCAUUCAUUACAUAUCCACUGAUGGAUAGAUAUUCAAACUCCUUUGGCAGGCGACAGUGAAAAUUGGAACUAAUGCAUGUAUAUUUUGUGUGAAAGCAUUUGUGUGUGUAUAUAUAUAUGUAUAUACAUAUGUAUAUAUAUAUUUUUUUUAUGUGAAAUUGUGUACAUUGGGAGGGCCAUUUUGCCAGUAAAAACACACCGGUUGUAUUUCAUUUUUUUAUGAUCAUCAAUUAACUUAGAUACUAAUCAGAUGUCUGAUCAGUCAGUCAACCUGUUGUUUGUUAAGUCCUUCCAUUUCAGUCUCUGACUAUUUUAAUAACUUGCCCUUGUCUGCUCUUUCUGUGACAGAAGAGGAACAUAUCAGAGCAUGUCGUAGAUAAUGUUGCAAACUGCAAUGAAAGAUUUCUAAUGAACCAACAAAUCAAUUAAUCAAACAGUUAAUUAGUUAAUUAACUGUCAGAUAUUAAUAAAAAGAAGUGAAAUACAACCAGUGCUUUUGUUUUUAUAGGCAAAAUGAGUCUACUGACCCUCCUAAACUAUAACAUAUGUAAUAUAUAUAUAUAUAUAUAUAUCCUAGGGUUACCAUGGACAUGGUUAGACCAUAUAGAAUAAAAUACUCAAAGUAUUAAUCAAUUAGUGUGAACAUGUUUUAUUAAAACAGUGAGUCCAGCAAAAGGUAUUUUGUUUUGAAAACACAUCCAGUGUAUGAAACAGAAUCUCUUGGACUCGUUUUAAUAAUAAUUGUACGCACACACACACACACAUAUAUAUAAAUUACAUAAGUGAAAGAAAGAAAGUGAGCACUGUGUACAUAUGAAUGUAUGUUUUGUGUAUCUGGAGUAAAAUAAGCAAUUUGUGUAUUUGCUGUUUAAAAAUGUUGGGUUUGAAAUCCUUUCUAUUCACUGUCCAUUUUGAAGUUGAUGAAUUUAGACCAAGCUAUAUAUUCCCAGGUAUAGGCUUACACAAUAAUAAAUUCAUCUUUUUUUUUUUUUUUUUAAUCUGUGACUUUACUGUGAUUCACACAACAUUAUUUUUUUGUAAUAAUGUUUAGGAGUGCUUCGAUGAAUCUGGAAUUUGUUUUCCGGAACUUAAAUUUUUUUUUUUUUUUUUUUUCAUAGUUGAAAAAUGCUUCAAACUAUCACAGUUUAAAAUCCCUUAUAGUAUUAAACUAUACUUUACUUGUAUUUUCUUGCUAGAAACAUAGAACUUUUUUCUUUUUCUUUUUUUUUCUUUUUUUCUUUUUUAUACCUAAAAAUGCUUGAAAUUACUACAAUCUAAAUCCUAAUUAGUACAGUAUAUGCAAUUUUGAUUUUCUUUUCUUGCUUCAAAUAGAUACUUAGAACAAUUUUUAAAAUUGAAAGUCUUAACAUUCUGACCUAAUUAGAAUUACUUAUUCUACUAGGGGUAAUUUAGCUUUUCUAUUUAUUAUAUACAGUAAGGUGGUUAUCAGUCUUUCGGGAAUUAAUCUCUGUGCACAUUGCAUCUCAUCCUGAUAUUUUUAUCUGUCAUUUAGAAAUAAUCACUAUGUCUCAAAAUAUUACUGGCAAUAGUUAUGGGGAAGUGCAGGGCUUAUUUAUUUUCAAAAUUCUUUCAGUGUAUCUUAGUAUUUUUUUUAAAGAUUACGUAAACAAACAUUUAUGAUUAGAAAUUUAAAGUCUAAAUUGAAGUUUGUGGAGGGUACAUUUCAAAAUGGCAUGGUUUAUUUACAUUAAUUUUUUUAUUAUUAACCAAUUUAAGGACCUGUUUUCUGCCUUCUUUAAAGCAUUCUUAUAAGUAUUUUAUAAAAACUAAAUCUCUUCCCCUCUCCCUCUAAAAUCCAGAUUCUCUUUAUGAAUUCCUGUUGUAAUCACUAUAGUAAAUUAAUGUAUAUUGAAUCAAAGAAUGUGGUUUCAUAUAUAACAACAUAAGAACUUUUCUUUAAACUGUUUAGGGUGCAAAAAUGUAAACAUUUUCAUGGUAAUUUAUUUAACUGAUUUAAUGUGACUAGUUUGAUUUCACUAAUUUUACUAUCUGCUCUUAAAUAUUAUUAUAAUUAUUAUAUCUACAUAUCCACAAGGAUGCUUUUUUAUUUUGGGGUCACUUUUAUUUUUCUCUCUAUCUCAAAUUAUAUUUUAUAUAAAUCACAUUGUUAGGGAAUAUAUUUCUAUAUUAUUAGUCUGUUCCAACAUUGUACUGAAAUUGUAAGUGGUAUAUUCGAUACCUGUGGACUGUUAUAUUUAUAUUGUGCCAGCUCUUUUAAGUUACUUGAAGGUCUAAGAAAAUUUGAAAUUGACAGAAUUCAUAAUUGAAAUUUAUAAUGGAAUAUUUAACAAGGUAGACAAUCUAAUUGCUUAAAUUAUAUAUUCUCAAAUUGUUUUUUUUUUUUUUUCUAUUAUUAUUAUUUGGAAAGAAAUCAUUUUUAAUAUUUUGUUUAUCUUCACAUAUUUUAAUUUUAUUUUAUUUUACAUAUUCAAACUGUAGACAUGGACAAGUAAAGAGAAGUAAAUGUUUGCUUGGUUCACCAUGCAUAUUUUUUCUCUUUUUAUGUUUUGUCCAUCUAUUUGCUAAUAUAUGUACUUGACCAGUUGAUAGUUUGUAAUAUUUUCCCAUUUAUGCAAAUGAAAUAUUUUGAUAAUUAACUUCAUUGGUAAACAUUUAUUUUAUUAAACUUUUGGAAAGUUAAAUAUUUGUGAAAAUAACGCUACAUAAUGACCAUGAAUUUGUGGGCAAAAGAUUCUGUCAAUUUUUAAUACCAAGUCUUCUCUGUUGGUAAAUAAUACUUCUAAGUAUUCCUUAUAUGAUAAAUAAUUUGAUUCUUAUUCUAAGAAUUCUUAUAGAUGCAAAAUUGAAAUACUCAUGAUUUUGAAAUAAUGGGAAACAAGUUAAUUUCACUUGAGAUUAUUUCCAGCAAUAUUGGGAUUCUAAAUAGUGGGCUUGCAGAAGCUGUCUGCUAAUAUUGUGUGAUAGUUUAAAUGUUGCUAACUGGUGAUUGACUUGGAGUGCUUUCCUUAGGCCUUAGUGUUCUCUUGGCAUGUCUCAUUGUGUUAUUGCAAUGGCCAUGCCAAGAAUAUAAACGUUGCUGAAACUAAUGGAUAUGUUGUUGGUAUAUUAAUAUUGUUGGUAUUGUAUGAUUGAUAUUUGUUCAUGUCAUACCUGUUCAUUUGGCAGUUUUCUUCACGCCUCCCCCCACACCCUUUCCUGUCCCCUUCUGGUAUUUUAAUCACAGCUCCUGAUCAAAUUUGCAUAUCUGACCAAAAAUGUCUGAGACUUGACAGUCCUUUCUUUUAAAUUUUUUUUUUUUUUUUUAAAUUUUACAGAAAAUUCUUAAGCAUUGAACAAGGAUAAAGACUUCUUUGAUGCUGUGCAAUAUGUGAAUAACUGUAAUUUUUUGAUAAAAAUGUUUAUUGUAAA